CCGUCAAAAAAAAAAACCGUCCGUCUCUAUCUCCUCCUCCACUCCGGCAACCGGCCGGAGCCGUUCUCCGCUCCAGAAAAGGACAGGGACCGGAGCCGUUUUCCCAGUGGCGGAAUCAGAACUCGUCAACUCGCCGUCCGGGCGAACUGGGACCGCAGACCCGUCCGGACUCGGCUUAAUUUCUUCUCUGGUCGGCAUGGGGCUGUGGUCAUUUCUUGAGGGUGUCCUGCUUAUUGCUAAUGCUUUGGCAAUAUUGAAUGAAGACCGUUUUCUUAAUCCCAGAGGAUGGAGCUUCGCUGACGCUAGAGGCAUGCAUGGAGCAAACACUUUCAAAGGACAGAUGAUUGGCCUCAUAUACGCGGCUCAAUACAUGAGAUUUCCAUUGAUCCUUCUUGAUGGAAUCACUAUACUUGUGAAGUUCGUUACAUUCUGACAGUGGGAAGUGGUAUGCUAUACAGUUCUUCCAUUUGCUUCCUUGAAGAUUGAGAUAUUUGGCUUUAUGCAAAUUUUCUCGUGCUUCACCCCUUCUUCCAAUACUCUUUUGUUGAUGGUUGUAUAGCUGUGCCUUUUAUAUGCACACUGUUGACAUGUGCAGUUGUGCUCAGUUAGUAAUUUAUUGGUUGUCCGCAACACACUAGACGGUAGGUGCCUAACUGUGAUCUUUCAUUGUUCUUUUGUAUGUACAUGAUGUAUUUGCAUUUGUCCAUUGUAAUUUUUUCUUGUUAUUCCUGAUAAAUUUUUGCAUGAUGGGAUUUUUAUUAUCAAGCAAAUGGAACACUCAUGUUUCCAUUUUCAUAGAAGUAUCAGAGAAGUUCUUAUGUGUA